AUGCUUUCUCAAAGUCUGGCACUCUCCAUAUUGGUUGGAGGGGCGUUCUCCAUCCCCGUGGAGAAUCGCGCAAACUGCCCUAACAUCCAUGUAUUCGGUGCCCGAGAAACAACCGUUUCUCCUGGUUACGGUUCCUCCAUCACGGUCGUAAACGAUGUUUUGAACAACUACCCAGGCUCUACCGCAGAAGCCAUCAGUUACCCUGCAUGUGGUGGCCAGUCUUCAUGCGGCGGUAUAAGUUAUUCAAGCUCCGUUGCUCAAGGCAUUGCAGCCGUCGCAUCUGCUGUGAAUUCUUUCAAUUCACAGUGCCCAAGUAGUGAGAUUGUAUUGGUCGGAUACUCCCAAGGCGCAGAGAUUAUGGACGUUGCUCUUUGCGGUGGUGGAGAUCCCAACCAGGGGUAUUCCAAUACAGCAGUUCAAUUGUCGGCAUCUGCUGUGUCCAUGGUUAAAGCGGCGAUUUUUAUGGGUGACCCUUUAUUCAGAGCAGGUUUGCCAUAUGAGGUUGGAACCUGUGCUGCCGGCGGUUUUGAUGAAAGACCUGCGGGCUUUAGCUGUCCUUCAGCUGGUCUGAUACAGUCUUACUGCGAUUCCUCGGAUCCCUAUUGCUGUAACGGUAAUAACGCAGCAACCCAUCAAGGAUAUGGCGCAGAAUACGGAAAUCAGGCCUUUGCUUUUAUUAAGAGCAAGCUUUCUGGUUCCUCCACCGGUGGUAGUGGCGGUAGCGGAGGCAGUGGUGGCAGUGGUGGCAGUGGUGGUAGUGGUGGUAGUGGUGGUAGUGGUGGUAGUGGUGGUAGUGGUGGUAGUAGUGGUACAGUUGCCCAAUGGGGACAGUGUGGUGGACAGGGUUGGACAGGUCCAACACAGUGUGUGAGCCCAUACACAUGUACUGCGAUCAACUCCUAUUACUCGCAAUGUCUAUAAUCUCAUCCAUGCCAUGGGUGAAUCUGCAUGUGGUCGUUCCUGUAGGUCUCGCGUCUGCAGCUCCUCGAGAAUGUCUUUUAUGUGAAUGAAUCUUUGCACUCGACUCAUACUGUCC